ACUCCCAAAGCUUUCUCUCGUCUCUUUCGAUAGAACCCUAAUUCGAAUUCUGCUCCUUCGAAAAUGUCUGCCCCCGAUACUCAAUCGGCUGUCAAGAUGAUUACUUUGAGGACGGCUGACGAUCAACUCUUCGACGUGGACGAGACCGUUGCCAUGGAAUUUGCAACUGUGAAAUCUUUCUUUGACGAGAAAUCUGACGCCACCGUCGACGCCGUCGUCCCCCUCCCCAACGUCGCCGCGGAUCAGCUGGUCAAGAUCAUUGGAUACUGCAAGAAACACAUCGACUACAAAGCCAAGGGUCUCGCCGAGGAAGCCAAAAAGUACGACGCUGAUUUCGUCAACGAGCAGAGUAACGAGAGUCUGAAAGAACUGAUCUUGGCCGCCAACUAUCUGAAUAUCAAGGAUCUUCUUGACGUGCUGGAUCAGAAUGUUGCGGACAGGAUCCAGAACAAAAGCGUUGAGUACGUGAGGAAGUUCUUUGGGAUCGAGAACGAUUUCACGCAGGAGGAGGAAGAGAGGAUCAGGAAUGAUAAUGCGUGGGCCUUCGAGGGCGUGGAUCCUGAUGAUGAAGAUGACAUGCACUGAUUGGGACUUAGGGUUCUUCGGUAUAUAUAUUAGGCUAAGAAGCAGGAAUUGGGUUGGUUGAUGAUUGUCUGUAAUGAAAUUGGGGCUAGGUCUUGAGUAGCCUAGUGAAUCAUUUUGCUAUUCCUGAAUCCUGCUACAUAAUGGAUUGUCUGUUAAGUUACUGCCUUAACUCUUUCCUUUUUUGUCUUCUCUUUCUUUUUUUGUCUUCUCUUUCUUCUAUUGAGUAAAUUGUUCUUGUUUCAAUUGGUUUCUCAUCAGUUUUCUUGAAUACAGAUAGGUGUUUGAU